UUGAAAAUUUUUGCGAGUCUUUUCUACUAAACGAGAUUUACUAUAUCUCAAAUGUCGGAAAAGCUAUUUUUUUACUUUGGUGACAAUUUAUUUAAAAAAUUGGAUGAAUUAUAUUUAGACUUUGAUGUAAAAGACUGUCAGUCUUCCUUUUACAAAGCAUUCAAUUCUUUAAAAAAUAACCCACACUUACCCAUAACAAAUGUGUAUUUGGGAUGGUCUUUUCUACUUUUAAAUGCUAAUGAACAAAUAUUCAGAACUGGUGGAUUUGGAGAAACAGAACAAAAUUCCCUUAUAGUACCUACUUUACAAAAUAUCUCUAAUAUAUCAUGUGGUUUAGAUAAAAUACUACUGAAAACUAUUAAUGGAGAUUGCUAUUACGGUUUGAAUGGGAAUUUUAAACCAAAAUUAAUUAAGUUUGCUACUUCCAAUGUAGUUGUGCAACAAGUAUGUGUUGGUGAUGUAAUAAGUUGUGCGUUGUCUUCAGAUGGAGAAGUUUUUUCUGUUUGUUUUGAUGAGAAAUUCCCAUCAAAUCUAUUACCUAUGCGAUGGAUUAUUUGUGAAGUUGCUUGUGGUAAAGAACAUGUUCUCCUGCUGUCAGAUUCUGGACAAGUGAUCAGUUUUGGCAAUGGAAGUAGAGGACAAUUAGGACAUGGAAAUAUUGAAAAUAUAGAUGCACCAAAGCUUUUGGAAUCUUUGGAUGGAAUCGUUGUGAAAAACAUUGCAGCUGGUGGAUGGCAUUCAGCUGCAAUAAGUGGGGAAGGUGAUUUAUAUAUGUGGGGCUGGAAUGAAAGUGGACAACUUGGCUUCCCUUGUAAUGAAGUUCAUGAACACAUUCUGCCAAAGGAAGAGAUUGAAACCAUUUGCUGCCUUCCAAAAUUUUUGGAAUUUCAGAAUGAUAACAACGUUUUAAAAGUUAGUUGUGGUUCAAGGCACACUGCUUGUAUAACAGAAGACCAUCAAGUAUGGACUUGGGGAUGGAAUGGAUAUGGUCAGCUAGGCCAUGAAAAGCAAAUAAUUUGUGAUAAACCAGAAAAAAUCUCAUUGCCAGAAAAUGUAGUUCCUGAAGACAUAACAUGUAAUUUAUGGAGUACAUUGGUUACAGGAACACUGAAAAAAUAAUAUUAAAGUUCAUUAACAUUAGAAAAGGUUUUAAUAUUAAUCAUUAGUUUGUCAUUGAAAUGUUUUUUUCUAA